AUGGCGGUGAUGCUUUCACGAGUCGCGGCUGCAAUGCGUUUGAGUUGUCCAGCCUCAGCACCUAGCCGUGCUGCGAGUUCCGCUCGCAAGCCAAGCGAAGAAGCCCCAAAGAUCAAUCGAGAGCUCUUGGAGCUGCUUCGCAAGCCACCCACACCGCCACCACUUCCAGAUUUCCUCAGGAAUGACAAAGAAUUGCGAGUUCGUGUCGAGUACGUCAAGGGGGAGUCUUUGCACUUGGAAGUAUCGGUUGGCGGUGAUCCAGCAGCCUCAUUAGAUUGUGCUUCACUCACACUUGCCAACGAGUUCAGAGCUUGGACCACCUCUCCUGCAACUGUGGAUUUCAUUAGCUUCUGGAAGCUGUGUGGUUUGAAAGCAUGUUUGAAUCUCUCAAAGGUCGGUGCAGUGAGUGCCAGCAUGGUGAAAGCAGAGGUUUUGCACGGAAUCGCAUUCCAGGGGAUUGUUGCUGCAGUCGGUGGCGUCUAUGUGGCAGGCACCGUUGCAACCGGUGGUGGUCUUGCUGCCAUUGGCUCGACAACAGGACUGGCUGGAGAGCUAGCUGCAGGUUUGGGGCUCGAAGUGGUUGCACUGGAGGCAGCUUGUCAAGCAGCUGCUUUGGAGCUGCUUGCUGCAGAAAGUGCCAUGGCUGCAGCCACUACAAUCGUGGCAGAAGUGGCAGCAGCGGAAGUCGCAAUCGCAGCCGUGGAGCCUGGGCUUGCCUGCCUCACUGUUGGAUUGUCGUACCUACUGAUGCCUGUCCGCUGCGCUCUGCUUGGCCGCAAACUGCUACAACUCAAAGAGGCAUACGAGGCCAACAAGAAGGAACGGGAAGUUCAGAAAAAAUGCAAGCAAGACAUGCAAAUGUAUCUCGAGGCCUGGAAGAAGUACUUGGCAGACUUUGAGAAGUAUGUCAAAGCACUGUACAUACAAGACUGCGCUUGA